AUGAUUUUAUUUAUGAAUUUCAUUACAGGUCAGGAUGUGAACAGUACACAACCUCGUACAUGUGGAUGCUGUCCAUCGCCAUACUGUGAAGCAAAAGAUGUGCCAUGUUCAACAAAUUCGGAUUGUGAAUGUUUAUGGAUGACAAUGACCGGUGGAGGAAUGUGUGCUGAUACAGUUGUAUCAUGCAAAGAUUUACUUCCAUGUGAAAACGAUAAUAAGACAUAUUCCGUGCUCAAUACUGUGUGUGUUAAUAAUACACGGUGCAAUGUUCCUGUUUGUUAUCCCAUCCAUCGUGCCUCUUCUGAACGUUGCCCACCAUUACCUUCGAAAAUUCCAAGUAAGAGAACUGUGGAGAUUUUUUAA